GUUGACCGCGACGCACGACGCGUCCUGAGCGCAUCGACUUCCUGCAAUUGCUCGUCGGCGACAUGUCGGAACUCCGUCGCUCGACCAUGCAACCUGCAACUGAUAUAUAUGGCAACACUCGGUCAGGCCUACCAAUGCCAUCAACAGCAAAGAAAGCAUCAUCGUCCGCUAUGCGCAUGUCGCUCGCUGGCCCAGCAGCCCGCACACCCUAUUUGCCCCCAGGAGCAGGUUCCGGCUCAAAUACAGGACAUUCUGGUUAUCGGUCACAGAAUGUGAAUCCACUGCUACAAAGUACAAGUAAACCAAAUUAUGGGCGUACCCCUUUAACCAACUCUUCUAGGAGGGGUUCGGUAUGGACAGGUGGUCCAUCUCUUGCCCCUCCUUCCGGCAGUCAAACAUUCAAGGACCCACGACCAAUCCGCGAGCGCUCAUAUCAAUCGAGAAUGAAACAAGACAUAUACUCUUGGCUGCAAGCGACAGAAUUUGACAUAUCUGUUCAAACGCUAUCAAACAUCACCGGAAAAGAUUACCGAGCCAUGUUCCAACAUCUUGUGACUAUCGUAGAUCCUGGAUACCCGUUUGAUCCUCGCCUUCGCUUUGAGGACGAACUUCAACCCGCUCUGAAAGCCCUGCGAUACCCGUUUUCUACCCAAAUUGACAACAAAUGGCUGGCUGCUCCGGGAAGUAUGCAUUCUUGGCCUGCUCUGCUGGCAGUUUUGCAUUGGCUGGUUGAGAUGGGAAAGGCUCGGCUGAACUACUUGCAGAGCGAGGAUGAUCCCACAUUACAAAUUGCCGAUAGAAUUCCCGAAGAGUUCAGCGACCCUAUCCAUCAUCAGGCGCUUGCAUUCAAUUACUUUUCAGAAGCCUAUGUCGCUUUUUUUCAUGGCGCAGACGUAUUCCACGAACAGGACAAAGAACUGGAAGCCAGUUACGGUACGUCUUCUAUAUUUUUAAAAGCAGCUCUUUCUGACGAUAGAAUUGAAGCGAAGAAGAACGAGAGGGUGGUCGGCGACUUAGAGAAUAAGAAAGCACCUCUAGAAAAACUCCAGAAAAUUCGGGCUUGUAUCUUGGAUGAUCGAGCCAAAUUCGACGACGUUUUGCACCGCUUGGAGUCGCGAAAAAGACAGCUCACUGAAUCUGUAGUUCGCGAGAAAGCGGAACUCGCUGCUCGAUGUGCCACUGAGAAGCUUACGGAGGUGGUCAAAGUUCAGAACCUGACAGCAGAAGAAGUCAUUCGCAUGAACACUGACCAUGAAACGCUCGCACGCAAUUUGGAGGACCUCAAAUACAAGAUUUCUGAAGCGCGCAAGACAGUGAUGUCUCUGGAAGUCAUAACAACCAACCGUGGAGCUGCGGCAGAAGAGGCACUAGAUCUCUAUGGUAAUCUCCUAUCUGCUGUGGGCUUAUUUCCCCCACUACCGCCACCGUUCGACAACAUCGAUCUCAGGUUGGAGCUAAACACGGCCGCUGCGAAUCCUCAGCAGCUAUUGUUGGGUUCCGACAUUCGCAAGGUCAUAAAACCUACACUUAAUAGUGUAGCCGAGAUCAAGAGAACAGAACGAGCAGAUAUUGAAAGCGAGCGCAUCAAAGUGGAUAACGAGCUUGAUCAACUGACUUUAGAAUGCGAGAAUGUUGACGAGGAGGUGCGAGAAAUUGAGAAGAAGGUGAUGAGCCUGAACGAGCAGGCGGAUGACCUUCGGGAUGCUGCUCAGCAAGAGUCUAUGGUCAGCAAUGCCGAGGCUGCCCGAUUGGAGAGAGAACUUGCCCAUGCGCGCACGGCCGCCUUAUCGAGUGGAAUGGGAGUAAAAUCAAGACUUCAGGCAUUACAAUUCGACUAUCGAGAGCAAAUAGCGAAGGUCUCACGAUUAAAAGACGAGACUAUCAGAGCUAUUGCCAAGAACAGCAAUGAGAUCGGUCUCUUUAAAGAAGAAGUUUCUGCGCAAUUGCGGCGCCUGCGAGAUUUUGUUGAGGAGGGGAACUGAUCAGUACCCGCGUUAGGUAGUCACAGUAUUUGACGUAUUUGUUAUAAUCUAAUUAUAUGUUAGUAGCGCUGUACCUUUCCGUAGGCGAAUAAUGCGGACCGAGUCCAAGCGCAUGCAAAAAGUUAUGUUAUCCGC